UCUAAGUGGACUUAUAAAAGCCUGCCUUCUCCUAGGAAGAUCUGAGGUCUCGUCCACAGUUCCCCACCCAAUGUCCCUCAGCCCAGGGCUGGCUCUGCCCUGUGUGGAAGGUGAGCUGUCUCUUUAAGAACACCUGGGGGAGGGAGGCUGCAUGCAGUUUACUAGGAGCUGACCAGCUCUCUCCAGUCUGCUGCUCCAUUGCCCUGGGUGGGGCUCUGGGUAGAAAGAGCCAGAACCCACCUGAAGGUCCCCAGCCCAUCCUGCUCCCCAGACCUGCUCUCGCUUCGGCCUGGCUCAGCAGCCCUGCACUGUGUUCCAGGAUGGAAGGAAUGACCUGCACUUUCUUCUUCUUGCUGGCAGGCCUGCCUGCCUUGGGAGCCAACAACCUGCUGAACAGAAGCAGUCCCUUCUACUAUGACUGGGAAAGCCUACAGCUGGGCGGGAUGAUAUUUGGAGGGUUGCUGUGUGUUGCUGGAGUCGCCAUCGUCCUGAGUAGCAAAUGCAAAUGUAAGGGCAGUCAGAAGCCCAGUCCCUUACCUGAGAAGCCCAACCCACUCAUCACAGCAGAACCUGUCUUAACUCUUUGUAGGCCGGGCCAGUAGCUGCUAAGCACCAUCCAGCUUGGAGAGACUCCCAGGCCUCACCAACUUGGUUACCCUCUGCUGCUUCUCCUGGUUCAAAUAUGGCCUUCCUCCAGGACCGGCAGUUAGGUGCCUUGACCAGGGUAGUAUCCAAAACUUAUUCUGGUCUCAAAAUAAACUGGUCUUACCUCUC